AUGGAAGAGGGACAAUCCUGGGAGCAACUCGGACGUCCGAGCGAGGUGCAGGUGGUGCUCAACCAGGUCACUAAUGACUUUGAUGCUUCGCUGCUGGCUGCAGCUUCAACAGGAGAUAGUCAAGCUGUCAACUACCUCCUGAACGGUUAUCAGGACCCGAAUUGCCGAGAUGAGCGGGGCGAAACGGCCAUUCACAAGGCCUGCCAGGGAGGCUACUUGCAAAUUGUGCAGAUGUUGCUGGAAGCUGGUGGUGAGGAGGACGCAGCAGACCAGCACGGCUCUGUGCCCCUUCAUGUGGCGGCUUUGAGGGGGCAUUUGGACAUCGUGAGAGCUUUGAUUGAUGCGGGAGCAGACAAGGAUCAGGCUGACCAGCACGGAGCCGUCGCGCUCCACAUGGCGUCAUUGAAUGGCGAGGUGGAGGUGGUGCAGUUCUUGGUCGAGGCAGGAGACGAGAAAGACAAAAUCGGUGGCCUCGGUGCCACUCCGCUGCACAUUGCGGCAGAGCGUGGGCACUUGGAGGUGGUCCGAUACUUGGUAAAUGCCCGUGCAGAUUUGAAUUUGACAAACUUGCGGGGAGCUGCUGGCAUCCACAUGGCUGCUCUAAGUGGGCAUGUGGAAGUUGUACGUCUGCUGGUCGAGGCAAAGGCCGAGAAGGACCAGCGAGACAAACAUGGGGCCAGUCCGCUGCAACUUGCAGCCGAACGAGGGCAAGUGUCUGUUGUCAGGUACUUGCUGGAAGCUGGAGCUGCUACAAACCAAUGCGACCAGCACGGAAGUGUUCCUCUGCAUGUUGGGGCCCUUCAUGGGCAUUUGGAGGUGGUAAAGGUUCUUGUAGAGGCUGGAGCCAGCAAGGACUUGGCUGACCAGCAAGGGGCCGUUGCCCUUCACAUGGCGGCCUUGAAUGGCGAGAUGGAAGUGGUCCAGUUCCUGGUGGAGGCUGGAGAUGAUAAGGACCAAGCUGGCGGCUUGGGCGCCGCACCUCUGAUCAUUGCAGCCGAGCGGGGCCACGGAGAGACCGUUCGCUUUUUAAUUGAAGCUGGGGCUGACAAGAAUGCGAGGAACCUUCGCGGUGCAGGAGCAAUCCACAUGGCGGCCUUGAGUGGACACCUUGAAGUCAUACGCUUGCUUGUGGAGGCAGGCGUUGACUGCGACCUGGUUGACAAAAACAAGGCAACAGCACUUCAUUUGUCAUCUGAGCGAGGCUUUGCGGCAGUUGUGAACUAUCUGAUGCAGUCUCGAGCAAGUGUGGACAAAGUGGAGGGCAACGGACGUACGGCGCUGCAUUUGGCGGCUCUGCAUGGGCACCGUGACAUCGUCAAGGCCAUCAUGGCAGUCUGCUCAGAUCCAGACCUGCUGGAUGGACAGGAUUUCAGGCCCCUGCAGCUUGCAGCGGAGAAUGGCCACACUGAAGUGGUGCGCUGCUUCCUUGAAGCCAAGGUUGACCAGGAGAGGGCGCCGCGCGGAGUGACGCCUUUGCACUGUGCUGCGCGUUGUGGCCACCUCGGAGUGCUGCACCUCCUUCUGGAGAGCCAUGCAGACAUCGAGAUGGUCGGCGUUGGCGGUGCAACGUCCCUGCACUAUGCCGCGAACUUCGGCCACCUGGAUGUGCUGCUGAGAUUGAUCGAGGGCCGAGCUCACCUGGGUGCCACAACAGCGCUGGGGAAGUCGCCCGUGCUGCUGGCGGCCUCGCGAGGGCAUGCUGAGGUUGUCGCAGCUUUGGCCAAGGCACGGGCAGAUCUAGAGCAGCCGGCUAACAAUGGUGAAAAACCGCUCUCUGCUGCAGCGCAAGCAGGCUUUGGAGAGGUAGUGCGUGUGCUUCUGAACGACGAUGACAGCUGGAAGGGAUGCCAGCCACUACGCGCGGCCUCGCGGUGUGGCCACGUGGACGUCGAUGUGGUUGGCUUUGACAUGCCACAGGCAGGGCUGCAUUCAUCCUGA